GGCGGAGCGGGGCGCACGGCGGAGCGGGGCGCACGGCGGAGCGGGGCGCACGGCGGAGCGGGGCGCACGGCGGAGCGGGGCGCACGGCGGAGCGGGGCGCACGGCGGAGCGGGGGACGCGGCAGGCAGCACGGCUCCUGGCCCCGGCCCCGCCGCCGCCCCUGCCCCCGGCCGAGGCCCCACCGAGGGGCAGCCGAGCGGUGCCGGCCGUCGGGGGCCGCCGCGCUUCACCGUCCGGGAAACUUCAGCCACUUUGCCGGCGAGCGCCCGUCCCCUGUCCCCGGGGCCGCCGCGGCCAAGGGCAGCGGUCCCUCGCACGCCGGCAGGAUGGCGCGGACCAUGAGACCCGAUGACAUCAACCCCCGGACGGGGCUGGUGGUGGCUCUCGUCAGUGUCUUCCUGGUGUUCGGCUUCAUGUUCACCGUGUCUGGCAUCAAGGGGGAGACCCUGGGGGACAUCCCGCUGCUGGCCAUCGGGCCGGCCAUCUGCCUGCCGGGCAUCGCCGCCAUUGCCCUCACCAGAAAGACUGAUGGCUGUACCAAAUGGCCCAAGAACAAGUGUCCAUGCUGCAAGGAAGUCAAGGACCGGGAUGUCAUGGAGCUGCUGAGGACCCCCUCAGACCUGGAGUCCGGCAAGGGGAGUUGUGAUGAGCUGGCCGAGAAAGCGUACCGGAAGGACAGGAGGGUGCUGCAAGGCGAGGACUCCGUGUCCAUCUGCACCACCACCACCACCACCACCAUGGGAGAGUGCAAGAGUCUCAUCAGAAAGGUGGAGCAGGAGGAGAUGCUGAGAUACCUGGAGACCUGCUACCCAGAGAUGCCGGGGAAUGUGUUUGUGGGAGAUGGCUCCAUGUACAGUGCCUUGGAGAGGAAGAGCUCUUCUCCCACCAGGGACAGCGCUGCUUGCCCUGAUGUUGAAGACAACAUUUUUGUUGCUCCUAAAGAUAGUAUCAUUGUCUGCUCUUACAAGGAGAACAGCCCUUACGACAGAUACUGUUGUUACAUAAACCCUGCUGGAGUCAGCUCAGACCAGGAGACCAUAGUGUGAAAGACGCAUACUUUAUAUAUAUGUAUGUAUACAAAAACUACAAUUUCAACUUCUUGAUAGGGGAUAAUAUAGCUGACUGCACUGCAUGGGACAAUCCUGAUACUAUUACAAUUUAACCUGGUAUGUGACUGAUACUCAGACCUUUUGUGCCUGAAAUACUCUUUCUGUAAGUAAACAAGCAUGUUUAAAGGUUAAACAAUUCAGUUCUUCAUCUUGGAAAAAAAAAUUACAUUUUAAUUUGAUUUUCUCCCUUUCCCUCUUAUUUUGUUUUCCUGCUGCCAGUUGUACCCAAGCCCAUAGACACACUGGCAGGAGGGGAGCAGUGGCUGCCAGCUGAUACCAAGAGCUGAAUCAAAACUCUGGAGCUGUAUGUAGGAAAGAAUGUCAUGCUCUAUAGAUGAAUGGGUCUUAGCAAUAGCAUCGCUCCAUUUUGGGAGGGAUUGAGAGAUGUCAGCAUGCACUCCAAUAGCUGGCUGAUGUUAGGGAGCGUAGAAGUGAUUUGUCUCUUUUCUUCCUGGCAGUAUUUUAUUUUCCUCUGCUUCAAGGAAUCCAUGUGCUCACCCUUUGGGCUCUUCUAAAAGUCUCCUAGCAGCCAGAUAGGCUCAGAGGAGUUUUCAAAGGCUAAUCCAUCAUCAGUACCUGCAAAGUACAGGUUUUAGCUUCAUUCGCCACCAGUAUUGAGUUCAUUGGAAUGUUGCUAACACUUUUGGAUUCUAUAGGCAUACUUGACAAGGAGAUUACAACGUGAUCAUGACAUAGUUCUUGCAGAGACUAGGAGCAGAUGUCAGUGGACUCAGAUAUUAAAAAUACAUUUCAGUACCUCUAAAGUUGCCUAGGCAAUAGAAUUCUAUGUGUUGUGUUCAGAGCUGGAUCUGACUCUUCUGAAAACGUCAUUUUCACGUGCCUUUUCUAAAAUGCCAGAUGUUUCUUUAUGGUUGAUAAAUGGUUACAGUCCACUCAGGGCUCUCAGAGCCAUGCUUUGCUGGGGGGAGGGGUCCACUCAGGGGUCUCAGAGCCAUGCUUUGCUGGGGGGAGGGGACAGAGGACCUGGCUGACAUGGGUUUGUUCAUGGCUUAUGGAUACAUAACAAGAAAAAUAUGAAGUGAGUAAUGAGGAUUAACCAUUCAAAAUCUGAGCCUGCAACUUACAGAGACAAAAAUCCUGGCUAUUCUAUCCAACAGUGAAUUGCAUGUUCCAUGAUGUGUAUAAAAACUUUAUCUGGCCGCUACUAUGUAGGUAACAAGAGAUGUGCUAUAAUACGAUGUGAAUGCUAAACAGCUGCUCUAAGGGUUAAGUUCUUAGAGUUACUAAAGCAUAGAGUAAUUUGCUAGCGUCUCACAAGUCCCAGUUCCUAUAACUAAACUCUCACAACUCCAAAAAACAUUCCUCUGUGAGGGAAGUCUUAACAGCUGUUCUUACUUACCUGGGGUUUUUUGUCAACCAUAAGUUGUACCAGACAAAUGUAUUGAGUUACCAGGGUAGGAAAGAAGAAAAACUCUCUUUUUUUUGUAGCAGCCUUGAAUGUGUAGGAAGUGGCAAGGAAUUUUCCACUGAAGCAAGACGUUCUUUGCUGUCCAUGGAGUUGUUUGGAAAGUGAAUGGAAACUUUAUGCAUCUACCAGUUUAUUUGUUUGGAAACUUACAUCAAAUCAUUACAGACAACCAGUCUCUGCAGAGGUUUCCAGAAGGAGAAAAUAAAAUUUUUUUAAAUGAGACAGUUUGGUUUCUUUCAGACCAAACAAGAUGUUAAUGCUUUGAUCAGGCUUUGGUGGGGCAUCAGAAUACUAUUAGGAUAAAUUAAAAAAAUACUAGUUAGUUUGAGUCAGGUAUGGCCUCUGAAUAGAUGACUACAGGCAGUUUUGCUGCUCUGGCCUGCAGCAAUGGUACUGUACAACCUAAGUUUUAUCCACUGAGCAAAGGAAUUCCACAAAAACAGAUCCUCUCCCUGACAUGCGCAACUCCCACUUCCACAUAAAAGCACUCUGUUGUUUGGCAGAUUGUCUCCUGCAGGACUUAGUCACUGCAGGACCUUAUUCUGCAAUGUACAGAGCAGCUCUUUGAUGAUGCAGGCAAGUCGUUAUUUCAUGACCCUGAGGCCAACAGCUAAAAUACUGCUGAUGGACGUGAUGCGGAGUAGGGUCUUUCAUUGCAUUCUGUUCCCAGAGGAAGCAGGUAAGGGUAUCAGGGUGUGCCCAUGGGUGCUGAGCAUCCCUGAAGGUCAGACCCACCAUGAGAAAACAGGCUGCCAGGUAGCUGCGUACUGCCUUUGCCGGGUUUGUUAGCAAUUGCUUGCCUUGCAUAAGAAAGCAAAGUGUCAGCCUGCUGGGAACCUAGAUUUGUACAGUUCUGCAAAUAUAUAUAGGAAGGGGACAACUUUUUCCAUUUUAUCUAGGAUUAGAUGUUCUCUGUCAAAAGUUAUAUGGGGUUUUACAAGGCAAGACAGCAAACUCUAGAGAAAAAUGGAAUGAUAAACAUAUGACUUGAGAUACAGCCAUGCAGAUCUGAGUCGUGCUUUAUUCCGUUGUUAGUGUAAGACCAAGAAAGUAUUUGUAUUAAAGCAAAGUUUAACGGGAGUGAAAAAUUCCCACGGUAGAACAAAAUGUAUGUUUAAAACAUCGUAUUUACAGGCAAUGUCCUUCCUCCAUUCAUUUAGCUGAGGUAAGAUUUUGUAACAAAAUACAAGUUUAAGCAAUAUUUCUAGGCUAAUCCACCAUAAUCCACUGAGGUUUUUUAUUGAACGUGUGAGAAUUUGAAGUUACAGAAAUAAAUUAGUACUGCCUCUGAAACCUCACUGUGAUUUUUAUUUUCUUUUCUUCUAGUUAAGCAGAGAAAUAAAUGGGAAUAGGGUUUUUUUGGCCAUUUUAAAUAUAAGAAUUUGGCCAUUUAAAAAGGAAAGUUUUUGGGGGGUUGUUGUUUUUUUAAAUAAAGUACACUUUUUUAAUACACUGUAGUUUAGCCAGUAGGAAUCUACUGCUUAUUUGAUCAAAGACAGCAUGACAGAAGCUUCAAGCUUUUUCUGUAGAUUCCAUGCUCAGGCCAGAGAAUUACUGGGGCUUUAUUUUUGUUCAGCUGAUGGGGUCUCUCCUGAUGGCCGCUAGAACUUGUAGGAACAGCGCUGAUUGUGGAACAAACAGGAAUAAUCACGUUGCUUUUCAGAGGCAGCUUCUAGUCUUGGAUCUGAACUUGGCUUCAGGAUGCCACAGCUUGGGUGAUACCAAGCCGUGGCCUGGAGGUGAGAGCUUCUUUCUGUUCUUGCUACCUUUAAAACACCUCUGGGUCUAAAUCCUGCUUCUCUCCUCAAUGCUACCCUCCAAACAAUGCAUGCAGUUGUAGUGGAGCUCUGUUUGUGGGGUUAACACCUGGUCUCAUUGAAACCAAUUGCCAGGUGUUUCUUGGUCCUAUCGUAUGGGUGGCAGGGCACAUAUUAGUGUUUGAAGAAAACCAGUGAGCUGGACAUUCAGAGAAGGUUCGUGGGAUAGAUAAGAUUUAUUUUUAGAAUAGCAUUUGGCAUAGUGCUACAGUGGAGUUUACCUUCUUUUAAGAAACAAUGUGCUAUACAGAUCAGCUGUACACAGGACAAUUUUGUGGUUUGUUUUUUUUAUUAUUAUUUAUUUCUAUUGUCAUACAUAGCAUUUUUACAAUUAUCCAAGCUGAUCACUGCCUACCCUUUAACAGAAAAUUGCCUUUUGUCCUCCUAGAGCACUAAACAAUAUCUGGCCCUUUUUGCCUGGAACCAAAUGAGUCAGUGGUGAGUGUACUCAGGUCAGGACCAGUGUUUUAUUCUUGAUCUUGAGUUCUGCAGAAAUCUGGUGCUCUUCCACCAGCAGUUCCUCCCUGUCUGAUCCAACCUCUCCACAGUCCUGGUAGCACUAACUGUUUAUUACGUUGUCAUUAGCAGAGUCACAUAGAGAGCACAUACCAGACAGUUUGCAGAGUGAGCUCCUGCACUUGACUGGAGUGGUAGAAUCUGACACUGCAUCUAUCCCAUGGAAGUUGUUAUGUUGAGACAUCCAACUAAAUUGUCAGUUCUUGCAGCAGAGGCCUGGGAUUUUGCGUAUCCAUCUAAUAUCUUUCACACUAAAGGUGCUGUAGAGAUGAGUUAGUCAUGGGUGACUGUCAGGCCUCAAAGGCACUCGCAGCCUGGUUUCCAUGAGCAUUUAGGGACUGAUCUAUUUAAAGGCAGAGCACAAUCUGCACUCAGAAACUUGAAUCUCAACACAUUGCCAGCAAAGCCAUACUGCUAGAGAAUGCACUUCUGACAUGGGAGAUUUUCUGAGUCUUGAAAGGUCUCUGUGUAAUUUUCUACUAUCAAUCAUAUUAAAACUUGCAGAAGAGUUUCAUGUUAUAUAGAUUAGAGGAGUUUUCUCAACACAUCUUUAAUACACAGCAUGGGGCAUCAGCUGCACAGCAGCUCAUGCUGAGCCCAUUUCCACUCUGCAGCAAGCCUGAACAAGCCACCCCUACCAGGCCAGCUGCCUGCAGGUGUGUUACAUCUCUGGUACUAUAGGCCUUUUCAUCUCUGGGUUUCAGAAACAACACAGAGAAUGGAUCUAGAAUUCAUUUUUAAUGCUCUUUUGCAAACUUUCAGCAGUAAGCAUUACCUAUAAUUUAUCAGUCCUCUCAGUGGAGGAACUCCAAACCCUUUAUCAGGCAAGGAGAUCCAGCUAUCAUUUGGUUUUUAAAUCACAGUUCAUUUUCUGUUCAGAACAGUUGCAUGGAUUAGCCCUGACUAUCCUGUUUCAGAUGCACACAGAAGUGUUUAUACUUGAUGUUUUUACUUACAAACACUGCACCAUGCAUAGGUGUAUAUACAUUACACGUUUGUCAGAAAAGGUCACAGAAUGCACAAGCACAGCAAUAUAUUGAGAUCUGCUCAGAUCUGCUCUGUCUUUCUGACACCUCACCCACAUUUUCUGCCUCAAGUCCAUUGUUGCAAUUUAAAAUCCCUUCCAUCCUUUAUGAGAAUUGUUCUCAGAAGAACUCCAUUGUGGCUUUUUAAGGACACAGUUUUUUUCCAACAGGAAAAACAGAGUUUAAAUGUCCCGGGACUGUGUUUCAUUCCAGCCACUGUGAAAUCCUGGCUCCUUUGCCCAUGGCGAACUGAAGUUUUCUAGUGCUCUGCAUUCAGCAUUUCCCCAAACUAUUGGUAAAAAUCUUGAUCCCUUGGUCAGUUUUGACAGAUUCAGUACUAGUAUUUUUUCAACCUACAGUUUCAUUACUUCGGGAGUGAAAAAGGGUUAAAUACUUUGAAAAUAUGUCUCUGUACUUUGUUGUAGUGAGGAAAGAACAGAAAAAGAAGUAUUAUUCAUGAAAGUGAAAGAGACCAAAAAGGCUUCACAGGCAGUAUUUCAUGACUUUGAUAGAUGAAGUGUGUUAUAUUCUGGGCACACAGGCAAUAUGUUUAGUGCAUUCUUCCAUACAUGUAGCUUCUUUUUAGUAGCUUAACCUAAACAGGCUUCUCAGGCAGGAACAGAGAGUGUUUUUCUGCCUGAAGGCAGGAUGCAAAAGCUACAAAAAAAAAAAUAAAAUAAUGGUAUGCACUAGAGAUCUGGUGCAAGGAACACUGAUUUGUUCUCAGAUCUCAUCAAAACGCUUAUUUUCAGACCAUUUUAUUUUGCUAUGAAAUGCAGUGAUUAGCGAUUAUGUGGACUCAUGAACACAAGGAUACCACUACAGUAGCUUUGUAUUUGGCAUUCAGUGGCUGGGAAGUACAUAUUGCCAUUGAAAUCCAGGGCAAAAUUCACAAAGGUGUAGGAGUAAAAGGAGCUCCAAGGUCGAACUUGGUAUUGUGUGAAACUGUUCAAUCCAACACCAGAAGUUAGUUCCAAAAAGGAUGGAUUUGCAUGUAAGACAAAGUGCUGUGGAAAGGUGAGGUGCAAAUACAGAACGUGGGGUAGCUUAAUUCCACGUCUGAACCAAAGGACCAUGGUUAGUGUACUAUGGGACACUAAAUAACAUCAUGUACUUGUGCAUGCUCAUUGGAAGGUUUCAGCCAUGAGGGUUCGCACACAAACAAAUUCUACAAAACUCACUUUCUCACGUUUCAGACUGGUUUAUAUCUCUAUAUCAGAAAGUGCAUUUUAGCAAAUUUUAAAUUAGGAGGAAAGGGAUUUUCCCCCAAUUUUCUGGAACAUUGGAUUGCCAUUGAUUUUAUCUUUUAAUUCCAAUUUAGAAUGUACUAAUGUACAAUCCAAUGUUUUACACUGACUGGUGUGAAGUAGGGGAAAUUCAGACAGGAAUUAUGAGGACAGAGUACUCAUUAGCUGAAAAGCAGAUGGUAGCCAGCUGGAGAAUAAUCAGAAUUAUCUUGCAUAGCCUUGCCUUUAUAUUGGUCUGAAAGGACAGCCCCAGAAAGACACACUUAAAAAACCAAAGACUUGCUAUUGAGGUCAAUUCAGAUGGAAGGGCUAUUGAUAACUUUUAGCGGUCUGAGUGGGGUGGGAGAGAGAUGUUCUACAUGCUGGGGAACCUCUUACUAAUCUGUUCUUCAUACACAGAUCUUCAAGAGACCCUGCAUCUUCUGACUGCACAGUCAGGCUCAACACUAUGCCCUUGCACUAUUUGCAGGAAACACCUGAUUUCAUUUGACUUUCCUUUAAAUAAAUUAUUUUUUCUGGUUUGACUAAUUAGCUGUAGGAAGAAGCAGAUAACUUUCCUCCGUUUACACAAAAAGAACCAUGGAACUGGAGACCCUCUGAAUAUAUCGAUAACAAGCUAAUAAAAAAGACAUUUGCUACCUAGUCUAGGGGAUAAAGAAUAACUUUUCAGUGGCAAAACAGUCUUUUUCCAAUGCCAAUGGUUUGAAUAAAAUCUAGGAAGUUUUACACCUGGAAAUACCUUAACUGGGUUUUUUUGGGUUUUUUUUUUACUUUUUGGAAUUUUCUAAAAUAUUGUGGUUAUUCAAUCUAUUCCUCAACAUUCA